AUCUAUUGGCAAUUAGCACCGAAUUACAAACUGGUUAACAGCCAGAGCCAACAAAGUGGAGAAGUCUCCGAUCCGUGGGGCUCAUAAAAUGGGUUCGGCGCGAUGAUGGGAACAGCAGUUUGGGAGAAGUUUUCGAGCGGUCAACAUGAAGUCGGUUAUUAUUCUUUUGGCGUUAGUGGCCUUUUGCCAAGCGGCACCUUUGGAUGUCAAGGAGUCAUCCUCUGAAGCUCUCUCCAGACCCAGUCCCAUUAGUCCCGAUGUGAUCAGUGAUCCCAAGCCCCCGGCAAAGGUCGUCCUGCUGAAGGAUGCACCCGUCCUCAACCGUGAGAAGCGCAAUGAGCCCAAAAAACCCGACAAUGCGAAGGCCCAUGAAGCCCCUCAGCACAACAAUGAUGAUGAGAAGCCCAUUCCACUAAUCUCUAAGCCCCAGGAGAGCCACCACGAGGAUCACCACAGCAAGCACAGGCGGGAGGCUCAUCACGAGGAGGGUCACAAGGAGGAUAAGGAGGAGGACCUGCCCGCGUCUCUUGUUCUUCCCACGGAUGCCCACACCGCCGAGCUGCCCAAAAAGCAGGAGAAACGCGAGACUGUGGAGAAACCCGCCAGCGUGAAGGCCCGUGAGUCCAUCCAGCACAAUCCCCAGCACUCCGAGGAUCUACAAAAGGCCAUUGAGUCUCUGACCGCAGGAAAGGCCACCGAGCAGCGUCAUCAGCGCGAUAUUCCCGUGCCCACCCAAACCAAGGCCACCGCCGAACCUGCCGCCGCACCAGCAAAAUCUGAAGCCGAAAGCACCACGCCCUCAUCGGUCCACCAUCUGAAUAUCCCACAUCCCAUUCCGGUGGCCGAACUCUUCGAGAAGAAUAGGCACUCGGAGAAGACAUCCUCCAGUUCCGAGGAAAGCAAGGAGAGCAAGGAGAAAGUCAAGGCCUAAACUUAAGAUCCCGAACUUGCUAAUUGAACCAUCACGAUAUUUGUAGUCAACGAAAAUGAACUAAAAUAAACAAAAAUAUUUACAUGCUUAUAUAAAAAGACUGUAUGCUA